GGUCCUCCCGCCCAGCGCCGGUGCCGUGCCCCUUUUCCAUCGUCCUUAUCGGCUUUGUCCCCCUCGCCCUGUUAUUCCCAUUCCCGCUGUUCCCGGCUCCCGCUCCGCCGGACGGCGCAGCAACAUGUGGCUGCAGGUGCUGCUCUAUCUCGUCCCCGUCCUUCUCCUCGUCCUCCUCCUCCUCUUCCUCAUCCCGGUCCUCUUCCUCCUGUUCCCGCAAGUCUCUGGCGGCCGCAAUCCCUUCGCCGCCGACAGCCGCCGCCCGCCCGGGCCGCUCGUCACCGACAAGGCUGUGCGGAGGAGCGUCGUCAAGACAGUGUUCUCGGCAGAGAAGGUGCCCCCGCAGCUCGAUGCCAUCGUGGUGGGCAGCGGCGUGGGGGGGCUGGCGGCGGCCGCGCUCCUGGCCAAGACCGGCCAGCGGGUGCUGGUGCUGGAGCAGCACGGGAAGCUGGGGGGCUGCUGCCACACCUUCACCGAGAAGGGCUUCGAGUUUGACACCGGGAUCCACUACGUGGGGGAGAUGCAGGAGAGCUCCCUGAUGCGGUUCCUGAUGGACCAGCUGACGGAUGGGCAGCUGGAGUGGGCCCGGCUCCCGACCGUCUACGAUGCCGUGGUUUUGGGGGACCCCCAGGGCGAUGGCAGGACCUACCACAUCCGUUCUGGGGAGCAGGAAUAUUUCCAGAAGCUGAAGGAGCAGUUUCCCGGGGAAGCUGCGGCCAUUGAUGAGUUCCAGCGGCUGGUGAAGAGCACCAGCCGUGGGGUCGUGCUGAUAAGCAUCCUGAAGAUGCUCCCGCAGUUCCUGGCAAGGCUCCUGUGCUGGUCCGGGCUCCUCCCGCGCGUCUGCUCCUUCUCCCGCAUGGCCUCACGCAGCCUCAAGGAGGUGGUGGAGGGUCUGACCCCCAACCCCGAGCUCCGGGCUGUCCUCAGCUACCUCUUCCCCACCUAUGGUGUGAUCCCCUCCAAGGUCAGCUUCUCCACGCACAGCAUCCUGGUGAACCACUUCCUCCGCGGUGCGUGGUACCCCAAAGGCGGCUCCGGGGAAAUCGCCUUCCACACCAUUUCCGUGAUCCGGAAAGCCGGAGGCAACGUGUUUGGGAAGGCACCAGUGGAGAGGAUCCUGCUGGACUCCCAGGGCAGAGCCUGCGGUGUGAGUGUCAAAAAAGGCCAGGAUCUGGUGAACAUCUACGCUCCCAUAGUCAUUUCGGAUGCCGGGAUAUUCAACACCUACGAGAAGCUGCUGCCUCCGGAGGCGCAGGCCCUGCCAGAGAUCCAGUCCCAGCUGCGCUUGGUGGCCCACGGCGAGGGCUGUCUCACCGUCUUCGUCGGCCUCAACGGCUCAAGGGAAGAGCUGGGGCUGGAGCCCACCAACUACUUCAUGUACCCAGGGAGUGACUUGGAUGGAAUCAUGAAGAGAUACCUGGAUUCAUCCAGAGAAGAAGCUGCUAAGAACAUGCCUUUCCUCUUUGUCACCUGCCCCUCGUCCAAGGACCCCACCUGGGAAAUGAGACACCCAGGUAAAUCCACGCUGGCCAUCGUCACCUUCGCCAGGUACGAGUGGUUUGAGGAGUGGAAGGACAAGCAGGUCCACAAGAGGGGUGAUGACUAUGAGGACUUGAAGAAGACCUUUGUGGACGCUGUCAUGCAGACUGUCUACAAGCUCUACCCCCGCAUUGAGGGCAGGGUUGAGUACCUCUCGGGCGGGACACCCCUAACCAACCAGCACUACAUCGGCAGCCCCCGCGGGGAGUUGUACGGCACCGACCACGGCAUCCCCCGCCUGCAGGCCGAGGUCGUGGCUGCUGUGCGGGCACAGACGGCUGUCCCCAACCUCUACCUGACAGGGCAGGAUUUGUGCCUGGGUGGCUUCAUGGGAGCCCUGCAAGGAGCCAUCAUCUGCGCCAGCAGCAUCCUCAAGCGCAACCUCUACGUUGACUUGGUGAGGCUGAAGAAAAGCUUGGAGGCCACCAAUGCCAAGAAGGGAAACUAACACCUGCUGUCCCACCAUCAGGGACCCCCCACUGGCCACCACAUCACCUCCACCUCCGCAUUCUCCGCUGUCACACACCUGUAGCAGAUCCAUCUCCAUGCAAAGCCAAGGAUUUCAAUCCAGGAAGAUGCUAUUCCCAUUCCCAGCCAGAUUGUCUGGCACCUCACCCACCUGAAACGCAUCCCCUUCCACCACCACAUCCAGUGCUUGUCUCUGGCCAUGAAGAGGGUCCCCAAGAGCUGUCCCACAGAGCCAUGGCCAGGAGAGAAGUCACGGUAACCCCAAAACAGGCAGCACCAGCAGGUAACAGCAUCAAGCACCCAGAGCUGCUGGAUCCCACCAGUGGAGCAUCAGAAGAGCAUCAACCUCCACCUGCAUCCAGCAAACACCCACCUUCACCUGCAGCCCCCAGAGCUGUUUGAAAGCAAUGGUACUUGCGGGCUGUCCAGUGCUUCCAAAAUCAUUUCUGGGGGCAGCAGGACCCCCACGCCCCGACAUUCCCAGUGUUUGGGGGCUGCUCUUCCCCCGUCGCCCCAAGGCAUCGAUGGCACAAGCAGCUGCUCCUUGAGCAGUACAAAAGUCCUUCUGUCUCCUGGGAAAAGCUUGGGAACAGUGUCAGAGUCCUGUCUGGUUGGAAGGGAAGCACAAGAGGCUGGAAAUAAAUCAAUAAAAUAGUGAUAAUGAUCCUGGGA